AUGCCUGCAGGCUCGGCUGCAACGAGGCCAUGUCUGCGGACUAAGAUUUCGCGCGAGACAGGCGAUGGCGCGCCGCGGCGAGAAAAGUAUCCGCUCGGCCGCAGUGGCCGGUUGGCGCCAGCGCCGCUCGUCGCCGCUCGCCCCCGCCUCCGGCCCGCCUGCGCCCGGAAUCCUGGCCGGCCGGCCGAAAUGCGCCGCGGUCGGAACGAGUCAUUCGCGAAUUCACCCGCCAGCGAGCACCGCCCGAUCCGACCUGCCUCCGCCCGUCCGCCCAAUAUGAUGAGCAGCAUGCCUCCGUUCUCCGCGUGCGCCGCGGUGCCCAGCACGUUCAGUGUUGCGCACCCGCUGCACUGCGGCUCGACGGCCUUCGGCUACCAGCAGCAGCCCAUGACCAUCAACACCUUCGCCGCGCCCGUGGUGGCGUCCCCGUCGCGCCAGCUGGCCUCGCCCACCAUGACCGCCGCCAAGGCGCGCGCCGAGCCCGCGGCCAGCCCCUCCAAGAAGGCCCGCAAGAGCCGCGUCGUGUUCGACUUCACCACCGAGGAGAUGGCCAAGUACUUCCAUAUGUCGCAGCGCGAGGCCGCGCAGCAGCUCGGCGUGGCCACCGUCACCAUCAAGCGCAACUGCCGGCGCCUCGGCAUCGUAUGGCCCUACCGCCUCAUGAAGUCCAAGAAGCACGCCAUCAAUUGGUCGGCCAUCUCGCGCGAGGACGCCCAGCGCAUCCGCCAGGAGCGCGCGCUGGAGCGGGCCAAGGCCGGUCGCUCGCCGUCCAGCCGCGACCGCAGUCGUAGCCGCUCACCGUCGGCUUGCCGCUCGGUCGCCGCCACCGACGACGAGGCCGCCGCCACGGCCAUGACCCUGCUCAGCCAGAGCAGCAGCAGCAUCAGCGUCGAGCUCACGGAGGCCGGCCGCGCCUUCGCUCGGCUGCCGCUGGACUGCAUGGACAGCUCCGACUGCUAG